GGCCCCACCGUGGUACGUUUUGUUAGUCCGCGAGAAGAGUUUGUUUAAGAGAGAGGUUCGCGUUCGGUUCCGUUCGGUGUCGAUUAAUUCUAACUACACAUGUAUGAAGUCUAUUACUACACAGUUCGGUUUAAAUGUUUCAUCACUUCCCCUUCAAUUUAACGCGUUCAAAUCGGAUUAAAAGAAAAAGUUACACUUUUUGAAUGCACCUCGUUUACGUUUAAAGAUGUCUUCACUUCACUUUUUCUUUCUUACGUUCUGUUUUGCUGCUUUCUUCGCGAAAUCAUCAUUUGGUCAAUCUAAUUAUGCGGAUCAAGCGAAUAGCAUAGAAUACUCAAACAGUGGUUUGCCGGAAUACGCAACUUUAGAUGGAAAAGUGACGCAGUUAGAUGAAUUGAGUCCAAUAAUAGCUUUGAAUCGUACGAAAGCUGCGUUAAAUUGCGCCGACGGAACCAUGCAGAUUCAACUUAAGUUCGAUGAAGCAUUUCACGGCCUUGCUUACGCCGAUUUCGAUCGAAAUUCGGCGUGCCACGUGUUUGGGCAAGGUGAAAAAAGUUACUUAUUGGAGUUACCUUUAAAAGGUUGUGGAACGAAACAAAAUCCUCAACGUGUCUUCACGAAUAACAUCGUUGUAAGAUUUCAUAAAGCCUUAGAAAUGGAUGGGGAUGAAAUCAUUACUAUUGUUUGUAGAUAUCCACCACCUGUAGCACCAGCGCCUCCUGUAGCAAAUCCAAUUAGUGUAGAACAACCCCCGGUUCUGGCUGCGAUAGAACCCCCACUGGGUGGUUUUCAAAUUUUAUUAAUAAUCUGUGCGAUCCUCUUUUUAUCACUCCUUCUUUUGGGGUUGGGAUGUUCUUAUUACUGUCUUAGAAGACGAAACAUGACGGUGAUUAGACGCCAUCCCUUCUCAUCGAUUGGAACCGAAUCCGAAAUUACUAAGAUUUCGGGAAGUUCUUUGGGUAACCUGUCGUUGUUUGAGGGAGUUAAAAUCCCUCGAGCUCAUGCACCCGUUGUAACAACAAUAACCAGCUCGGGAAGCGAGGGGCCCUUAAUUAGCGAUACUCUUCCUUCAGAUUACCCAUCGGAGAGCCAUUCGGAACCCGAUGACGAACGUUCUCUGGCUGCAUCAUCAUCAGCUAGUUAUGAAAACAAAGUUUUCGUACACGAUGAACCAACAAUUUUCGAGCCGCCACCACCCCCACCGAAAAUGGAGCCGAAAUUCGACGUUGAAGUUAAAGUUAAACAACGACCAUCACCACCGUUGAGUUUAAAACUUUCGGAUGACACCGAAAGUAUGUUUAGCGAAAAGAAUCUUUCGGUGAUUAUGGAAGAAAAAGAAGAUAUUCCGAGGGAAACGCGGAAACACCACGUUCAAUUAGCGCCGAGUUUAUUAAAAAUUAAAAGAAAACAACUCGAAGAGACCCCAAGAAAAAAAUUGGAAGAGUUUGAAAACUUAGAAUCUUUAGAAAGCCAACACGAAGAAUUAGUUGAAGAACCAAUUUUAAUCGUGCACAAACCCGAAAUUACCUCGCAUGUCGUUGACGAUGUCUUUUUAAGAACGAUUACGGAGAAGAAAACCUUUGAAGACGUCGAAAGACAUAAACGAUUAGUCACCGAGUAUUUAACGAAACCUAAAGCUGUUGAAGAUUUAAAUUGGGAUGUACGCAUCAAAAAUUACGAAAUCGAACAAAAACAACCCCCGGAAUGGGAGAACUUUUCGGAUAUCUCCUCAGCUUCCGGUUUAACUUUAACACCUAAAUUCGAAAGAAGUCCUUUAUCUUUAGCGAAUAUCUCAACGAUUUACGACAACAAAUUACCGCUGAAUUCCCCAGAAUUAGUCGGAAACUUAACCCAUCAAGAUCAAAGAAUCAUUAAAGAAGAAUUUUAUUCUACAAAAAAAGAAGAGGAAGUUUUAAAAAUUUUACGAACUUAUGAUAUCCCGUUGAAUAACCCUGAAGUUCCUAAUUGGGAUGUUUUAAUCCGAAUUUUCGGGAUUCACCAUACCGAAGAAAGUCUGGAUACUUUCGAAAUCGAUGACGAUCUAAACGAAAUGGAUAAAUUUAAAUGGAAACAAAUCAUAACGAACGAAUCAACGUUAAAAACCCAACUAACUCAAGCUGUAAUUCGGGAGGAUUACGAAAAAAUCCGCUAUAAUUACCCGAAAGUUUACGAACCACAUAAAUGGGACGUUAUCAUUCGAGUUUUAACCCCACCGCAACAACCACCUCGCAAAUCAAAACGAUCCGAAACGAUCCGUCGCAAAUCUUUACCGACUUUAUACGAAAACGAAUCCGAAACAACAUCCGAACCGGGAAGAUCUUUAAUCCCAACAACAAUUUCGAUCCACAAACCCGACAUGGAUCUACGGUCUAUGUCGGAAACGAUCGUCGAUUUUGUCCAUCAUCCCGACAAUCAAUCGGAAGUUUCAUCCUCGUAUUUCCACACAUCGAGAUUUUACGAAGAAGAUCGACAUUCUUUACCGAGAUCUUUAAGCCAACCGAGUUUGGCUCGAUCUGCAAGCGAAUUCACUGAAAGGUGGAUUGCGCCAUCGAGAUAUGAUACGGCGAGUGAAUUUACAACGCCCGAAGGAACCCCGAAAAGUCAAAGAAGUUCGAAAAGCUCGAAAAUUGAAGCGAUGAGGAUGGGGAGAGGUGUUUCGGGAUCGGGGGUUGUGCCAAGAAGAGAAAUUAUCGCUGAGAAGGAGUUUAGAAGCGAGAUUAAAUCGAAAAUAGCGUUUAAAGGAGGUAAUAAAGAUUGGUUUAAUGAUAACGAUAGUGAUAAUGAUUAAAAAUAAAAUCAUUUUUAUACUGCCCUAUUUUUUACCAUAAUAAUUAGAUGUUUUUUGAUUUAAUUAAUAAUUAAUAAUCCUAUUUUAC